AUGCUUGACAGACUACCCCCUGAGGUUCUUCUCAUAACACUAGAACCUUUUCCGAAGCCGGCUGACUUAUCACAGUACAUAACCCGCCAUGAUCUCAACAACAUAUGCCGUGUUUCCAAGCACCUCUACGCUAUUGCAGUUCCACUUCUGUACAAGUCUGUAACUUUAAUAUCCGAUAGACCUGGAAUCAGCGAGACAUGGCACCAUGUUGACUCCCUACUCCGAGCACCUGCUUUCCCAGUUGACUCGCUAGUGCACAUGAGAGAUAUCGAGAUUCAGGAAAACCGCUUCUGGCCUUGGUGGGGGUGUCACCACAGCUAUACGAUAUUGGAGCAAGACCAUCCGGACGAUUACAAAGAAGCUAUAAUAAGAAGGGAUGAAAUGCGCUAUCUGUCUUCCAAGUUAUUGCAUGUGUUUUCAAGAUGUCCGGCGGAUAGGCUACAAAGAUUUAGCUGGAACAUUGGCACAUGCUUACCUAGCAAAUUUCUCGGUGACUCUGGAUAUCUUAUAUUAAAUCAGCGCAAGCUUGUAGCUAUUCAUCUAAGAACAGCACUGAAGUCGAAUGCGUUCCACCUUACCCGACUGAACUUGGGAGUCACAGGUAUAUCUACUGAUGAAGUAACGCAAUCCAUACAAUCAAUGGUUGCCAAAGAGAUCUUGGACAUGCAUGAUUGGAGAACAGCCUUUCGAUUUCCUGUUCUUCAAUACCUCUCAUUUCAUAACAUGGAUCUGACACCGAUAUCCCACGUGCUUUCAUCUAUCUUCAACAUCUCCUCACUUCAAUCCUUGAGUCUGCGUCAAUGCACAUCCUGGGAGUAUGCCUUACUCAAUUUAACCAAUUCUGGAUCCAGGAUCGCCUUGAAGUCUUUGACACUGGAGACGUAUACGGAACGAACUGAAGAAGAUAGUAUUCUUGCAAUACCAGCUUUCCUUAAAUCAUUCGAGGGGCUAGAAGAGUUGUACAUCUUUGUCCUUGGUUCUAUAAGCCCAGUGCCUGUAUGGCGUUCUGUGUUUACUCACAAGAAAACAUUGAGAAAGCUCGUAUUCCAGCAGAUAUAUUUUGAUGCAUACCAGUCCGAGGAAGAUGGUCUUUACUCGGGUGCAACCGGUUUUCUUGAGCAAUUGGCGGGUGCUGACCAAAACCCAUCCGUUAGUCCCAAUCUUGUGUUUUUGGGCACAUCCAGCAAUGAUUUUAACACCCUGAAGUCUAUUCUGACCUCGCCAGGUAUCAAAGCAAAUAUUCGCGUUCUCCAUCUGAGACAGUGCAAAGAAUGUUACGAUCAGUCAUACUUGAUAAACUCCGACUGUUUGGAUGAUAUCAUCAAUAAUAAGCUGCCAUCGUUUCGUCAGUUCCUGGCAUGGGCAUUUGGACCCGAAGGCCCCCCUGAACUUCAAGUGGUGGGGCAUUGCGCCUUCGUCUUCAUGCAGCCUUUAAGCGAUGUGUUCUACUUUAGAGAUGCACAACACGAGGAUGGAUAUCGUUGCGUUUUUCGGCGUCGCACGCAACUAGUCGAUUUUCUUCGGCAGUAUGAUUAUGCUUUAGAUGCAUGUCGUUGUGAUGACUAUCUUAUGGAUUGA